AUGGGUUCGUGGGUUCUUGAGUCGGGAACUGAGCUGCCCAACCGCUCCUACUCUCGCGAGCUGGGCCAGACAGAGCUUGGCUUCUACUGGGACGCAGCCUUCAAUCGCACUGCGGACACGACUCAGCACGUUCACCUCAAGCUAUCCCCUGAGGCGAUCAAGCGCAACAUCUGUGGACCCGACCACAUCCGGCGUACUUGGGUUGCACUGAAGCAACGAUACCCCUUGCUGGCUGCGCGAUUCGACGACCGGGAUGUGCACGUCAACGGACGCGUGUGGUUUGUGGUUGAAGAGCAACGUCUGCGCGAUGUCGGUACCGACGAGCUUGUCUUCAAGACCGUGAACACCCUCGACGAUUGCGAUGUCGUUAUCGACGCGAUCCUCAACGAUGACCCACCACUCACGAACGAUAUGCUGGCUCAGGUCGUCGUGAUGCAUCGCACGGACGACCCGGACUCUAUUCAUGUCGUGUUCAACGUCGCCCACGCCAUCACAGAUGGGAUGGCUAACGCGACCGUAAGCCGGACAUUCUUCGAGCUCCUCUGUUCGGCGGACGACGUGCUGUCGGAGGCACAAAGUCUGCCGGAACGUCUGGCUAUGGCCGUGUGUUCGGAGAGCCUGGACCCCGGUUUGAGAAUGACCAAGGCCAGAAGGCGGUGGAGGCUUGCUAUCUCCCGAGUGAUCUGGGAGAAACGGCAGGAUAAAAUGAAGGGUGGACACUCGCUGCCCAAUCGCCUCUCCCCCUCUUCAUGGCUCACGCCGGCUCAAUCACGUCUGAUUGGCACUUCGUUCGAUCCUGCCACCUCGAAGUCGAUCAUACAUGGAUGUCGCCAAAAGGGCAUCACCUUCGGUCAUGCUUUCCCUGUUCUAGGUCAGGUCGCUGCAGCCCGCGUGUUGCAUCGACGCUACCUACGUGGUGAGAUCACGGACGAGGAGAUGCAGUAUCGCCUACGACAACCAAUGCACACCGGCGGGCCUCUCAAUCUCCGUCCGUACCUUGAUCCCGCCUGGUUUGAGCAUGGAGGAGCCACGGAAGUUUGCUUAUGCAUCAGCUUCUUCUGGACUACGUUACCCUUCUUACCGCGUCCUCCUGGAACGCGAUCAAGAAAAGAUGCUAGCGUGGUCCUUCAUGACGGCGCGCCGACAGUAUUUGAAUUGCUUCCUUCAGACCGUUUCCUUCUCAGGGCCCGCUCCAUAAAACGGCAGGUGACCAUGCAGAUGAAACAUCCUUCCUUCCUGGAGAUAAUUCUGGCACGUCUACCAUCGCGAAUUGACCGUAUGCGAAGUGCGGUUACCGAAUGGAGGACCUUGAAGGCUGCUGGAACAGACCCACGAACACUCUACACAGACCGACCCAUUGAUGUGAGCACUCUGCAGGAUGGCCUCGUCUUGACGCACGGCGGUUCCAGUAUGGGCAACGUCGAUGUGAUCCAACCACUCAGUUAUCCGCUCUCGAAGUCGCAUCCUCUGUCAAUUUUCGGCUCUCGCGGCAGGGAGAAACAGGUUCCCGCCUUUACGCAAACCGUCGCACCGCACAAGGCGGCUCAGUCUGAUAACGGCGUGACUGUCGAGCGGCCUUUGCUGGAAGUCCUGCUGCAUCGAACGCAUCUACAUUGUCGCCCUGGAGAGCUUUACCUCGGAUCGACUACCUCCCGAGGCCAGCUUCAUAUGCAUAUUUUUUGGGACGAGAACGUAUAUGAUGAAUCGGUUGUGACGGAAUGGUUGCACGAAGUGAAGCAAGCGGCCGAACACUAUCUUCCGGACUCGCCCAGGGGUCCCGACAUACCUCGCUCAAAAUUGUAA